AUGGGCACAUCAUUGUCGCAGAAGGCCUUGAUGGCUGCAGCAGCUUUGAUCAUCUGCACUGCAGCAAGUGCAGAUACUGGCCCGGCCUUCAGCCUGUCUCUGUUGGGCAACAAUGCCGAAGUGGAUCUCUCCAAAGUGCUGGCCUCCUCCUGGACAGUCCCGAGCCUGUGUGCUGCCGCAACUUACACCCUUUCUGGCGCCUACUCCCUGGUGGGGGUCUGCACAGAUGACCCACCCUUCACAAUCACAGUCAGCGUUGAUGGCAACGCCAUCUACAGCCCCACAGGGCUGGCAGACAAUUUUACUGUGCCAAUCCCAGCCAGCAUCACUGAGCAACCAGGGAGCCACAUGUUUUCCAUUGUCUUCAGUGGAGGAACAUACAGCAACAGCGCCUCUUGCGCGGAUGUGCUCGGCUUUGGACUUCCAUCCAACAGUCUGAAGGUGUCGGUGGUCAACUGCACUGACACCUCAGCUACCGGCAAUCUUCCAGGCAGCACCGCGGCUGCAGCUGCAGGAGAUGCCGCCACGACCGCAGAGGGCGUUGACAUUUCUCCAGUCACCCUCUCCAAAACGAAUCUGCAAGACCGGUUGAUGGCACACAAGGUGCACAUUGAAGACAGUGUGGAGCGCGCAUCAGAAGCGGCAGCUGAGUACGUUCGGCAGCAGUUCGGCUAG